CUUGCCGCAGUGAUGACUUAGAUUCUGGGAUGGCGAACAGAGGGAAAAAGGGUGGACGAGGGAAGCGGAGCAAGAGGCGUGGAGGCUGCCGCUACCGCCGCCGCCGGCGGAAGGCUCCGGAGCCGGAAGUAGCCCACCCGCCGGGUGGAGAAGAGGCGGUGCUGGGAUUACGGUGGCCGCGAGGGAGCGCGAGGGCGGCCGGCCGCGGCGCCGAGGCGGGAGCGUCUGCGUGGUGUGGCGGCUGCCGUGGCGGCAGCUGUGGCGCUGGGACGUGUCCCGGGUCGGCGGCGCCGGCACGUUUUCACGCGUCUCCUUAUCUCGGUUGGGUGUUGAAAACAAAGACAUAUUUUAGUAGAAAUUCCCCUGUAUUACUGCUUGGAAAAUGUUACCAUUUUAAAUAUGAGGAUGAAAAUAAACUGUUACCUGCAAGAUCAGGAUGUACAAUAGAAGAUCAUAUAAUUGCAGGAAAUGUAGAAGAAUUUCGUAAAGAUUUUACUUCAAGGAUAUGGCUGACCUACAGGGAAGAAUUUCCUCAAAUAGAAGGCUCCACUUUGACGACGGACUGUGGUUGGGGCUGUACGUUAAGAACUGGCCAGAUGCUCUUGGCUCAAGGACUCAUACUACACUUUCUUGGUAGAGCUUGGACCUGGCCUGAUGCUUUGAACAUUGAAAAUUCAGACUUUGAAUCAUGGACUUCCAACACUGUAAAAAAAUUUACUGCAUCAUUUGAAGCAUCACUUUCAGAGGAAAGAGAACUCAAAACCCCAACAAUUUCUCUGAAGGAAACAAUCGGGAGAUAUUCUGAUGAUCAUGAAAUGCGAAAUGAGAUUUAUCACAGGAAAAUCAUCUCUUGGUUUGGUGAUUCCCCCUUGGCCCUCUUUGGUUUACAUCAACUAAUAGAAUAUGGAAAGAAGUCUGGGAAAAAAGCUGGAGAUUGGUACGGACCAGCUGUGGUUGCUCACAUUUUAAGAAAAGCAGUUGAAGAAGCAAGACACCCUGAUUUACAAGGAAUAACGAUCUAUGUUGCACAGGAUUGUACAGUUUACAGUUCUGAUGUAAUUGAUAAACAGUGCGCUUCCAUGGCUUCUGAUCAUGCAGAUGACAAAGCUGUUAUUAUUCUAGUUCCUGUUAGACUUGGUGGAGAAAGAACCAACACCGACUACUUAGAUUUUGUAAAGGGUAUUUUAAGCCUUGAAUAUUGUGUGGGUAUUAUUGGUGGCAAACCUAAACAGUCAUAUUACUUUGCUGGAUUUCAAGAUGACAGUUUGAUUUACAUGGAUCCUCAUUACUGCCAAUCUUUUGUAGAUGUCAGCAUAAAGGAUUUCCCUCUUGAGACAUUCCACUGCCCUUCUCCCAAAAAGAUGUCAUUUCGAAAAAUGGAUCCUAGCUGUACAAUUGGAUUUUACUGUCGAAACGUUCAGGACUUCAAACGAGCUUCUGAAGAAAUCACAAAGAACUUGGUGCUCAUCUGCUCCAUAACACGGAGUUCUGUAUCACAACAGAGGAUACACGUGUCCAUGAAGACACCUUUGUCAGCGCACUGCGUGAGGAGUCGAAGAACGACCCUUGUGCCCUAGAGUCAGGCCGAGAAUCUGCGUCCUGGCGGUGAAGAUCAUUUCCAGCCUCUGUCUCGCUCCCUGGACUGUUUCCUCUUCUCCUACACGGAAUUCACGUUGGCGGCUCUAACGUGCCUGAGUCAGACUUAUGUUCCCAGAAUGCUCACUGCUGCUGUCUGAUGCCCCUCACAUCUUUUCUGCUGGGUGUGUGCACUGCGUCCGGCCUGAGAAACUUGCAUUUGGAGUUUUUUCAGAUGACUUGCAUUUGGAGUUUUUUCAGAUGUGGCCCGGGUCUGUAGAACCCUUUUCACCUUGGCAGGUUUGACUUAACCUCCCUUAGCAUAGCUUCCAUCCUCUAUGAAAUGAGGAGAAUAAUACCCUUUUCUUCCUCAAGGUUUUUGUUUUAAGGAUCCAAUGAAAUAUUAUAUGUAAAAUCAUUUUACAAUUCUAUGGAACUGUGUAGGUAUUAUUAUAUCCUAGAAUCAUCUUUGGUCCAAUUCAGCUGUAAGGAUCUAACGCAGGCUACUGGAAAGUGUCUGACCCAUGGAAGGAAGAAAGUUAGUCCCUCGGGAGCUACAAGACUGUCGUGGGGUCAGAAUCAUCGGAUGUCAGAGUCAGAUGUGGCCUAAGAGAUCACUCAUCCAGCCCCCUCCUCUGCCAAAGAAAAAUCAGGCCAAAGAGGAGCCGGGAGGUGCCUUAAGAUUUUCUCAGGUCAGAGGAUCCGCGGAGAAGGAGCGCUUCUCAAAGCUGGAGAAGGACGGAGGCCAGCCAGCGAUCGGCAGCGAUGCCCUGCUCUCCCUCAGUUGGGGGAACUGUCCCCCUUCUACCAGGUGGACCUCUUUCCUUCCCUGAGAUCAGUGUCAGCCUUCCUGCGGCUCAGAGGCUCCUCGAAGACCCACCUGCGUCCUUUUAUUGAAUGGAUUUCCCAGGCAAACACAACCCUGUUGUUGUUUGUCUCGCGGUCGCUGUGCUGCGCAGCGAAUGAGGGCUCCACUCUUGAUCAGCCAGGGACUCCCAUGCCAGGCCUCUGAUAUAUAGUGCGGGGACUUCAGGGCAUCGGAGUUGUAACAAGAGCAAGAUGAGCUUGUGGCCUCGGGCUUCUAACCUGCUCCUCAACCCACACUUCAAAGAAAGUUAUUACACGAGACUUAGACUAAAUCAAACCACGCGGCAAUGUUUGCAGACUGUGGCCUAUUUUCAGCUCUGUUGUAUCUCACCACCAGCCCCUCAGAAACCCAGUUGGGAACAGAACAAAACGACCCAAUGAUAAUUUACUUGUAGGUCUUUAAAAAUGAGCCCAACUGAUUUAUUUUGAAAUUUCAGUUAAGCACGAUGUCAAGAAAUUCUCUCGGGCUAUUUGUCAUCUUUUUUUCCUCUUGCAUAGUCCGAGUAGGCAGAAUAAAAGUAGAAAAUGGCUAUUCACCUGCUUCCAGGUUUUGUGGUAGGCCGGUCUUGUUACUAGAAUAUCAGAAUGUUAAGAUGUUUGGAUGAUAAUUUUUUGCCAGAACAGUCAGCACAGCAAGGACAGCUUUGACUGUGCCCUUUGCUUUCUUUGUUGGCACUGCCAUACAGAUGCGUAGCAGGAGGUACAGAAGAUGGUCUGAUGACUCAGAUCCCACUUUGCGUUUUUCUUUUGUAACUUUGAAAACUGGAUACAAGAUCCAUAAGAUUUUUGAAUUGUCAAAGAAAUAAAGCUUAUAUUUAUUGUUGUCUAGGGUUAAGUGUGUUUUCUAGGAUGGUUUAGAAAACUUUGUAUGGUAAAUAUGACAACUCUCACUUAAUCUAGUAAGUGAACCAUUAAAACCCAUCCCUCCCAGCCAUUCUCCAUACAUUUUUCAUGGAUGACAGUGAAGCUUUUAGAAAAUCCUUUAGUUCCAAACAUGAGUCAUUGCAAUGUCUCAGAAUCAUGGAGGGUUAGAGAUGGGGGAGAUGGCCAAGUUUUAUGAAGAAGGAAACUGAGGCCACAAAGACAGGUGAUUUGCCCAAGGUCACACAGCCAUUACUCAGAGCCAUGCGAGAAUUCAGGUCGGGGCUCUUUCUGCUUACAUCCCAUAUGUGGCACCUCUCUUGUAGGAUCAAGGAUGACAGACAGGAAAACCAAAAUUGAAGAAUUUUUCAUGAGCAGGGAUAAAAAUGAACUGUUUUAUUGCAAACCCAAAGGCCAUUAAGUAAAAAAAAAACAGUCAAACUAAGCAACCAGGCCUUACAGGGGGAAUGAGAAGCUGCAAAGCCAAGGGAAAAACUGUGACCUGAGUCUGAAGAUGAGAGGAGAGGGACCCUUUUGGCUUCUGUGGACUGGACACAUCAGCGGUGCAGGAAUGGAAGAUUUUCGUGAUUACUUUUCCAUAUUUCUAUUUAUUGCUCCAAUAUUUGUGUCCCAUCCUUAGGUCAGAAUGAAGCUUCCAGUUGCUUUGCUUUGGAAAAGUUAGAGACACUAUAAAGAGCUUCUCGCUCUCUGCCCAGGUGAGCAUCCUGCCCCUUUCUGUGCAGUGCUGCCACCACUUACCUUCUGAGGCAGAAGGUUGAUCAAUCCAUCACCCAGGCUUUACUAACACCUUCUGCAUCCUCAGCCCUGGAAGACACAAAGAGGACCACACUGUCACUGCCCUCAGAGGUUUUAGGGGAUGUUAGCAUCUUGGAAUUAUUUGCAGAUUUUCAUGCGUAUGUGAAUUCCUUUGAGUCAAUGAAAUAUCUGAUUACUAGAGGGGUCCAUGACUCAGAAGAGGUCAAGAUUAAUUGGUCCAGAUGGAGAGUCAAGACUAAUUUACAGAAUCAGCAGAAUAAGAACAGUAGCUAAUACAUUUGUGAGAUCAAGAUGGGUCAGCAUGAGACAGCCUCCAGAAUGAGGUGGGAUUUUUAGGUAUGUCUUGAAGAGCAGAAGCUGUCUGGAUGGGAAGAAAGGAGAGGGUAAAUGGGCUGGAAACUAAAAUUCAUUCAAUGGAGACCUGUUACACAUGAGGCACGUUUCUACGUAUGGUCUCAUUUAAUCUUCACAAGAAGCCAGUGAAGUGAGGAUUAUCAUCUCCAUGGUACAGGUGGAAACAGAUUGAGGGGGAUGAGGUGUCUUGUACACAAUUAGGAGGUUGGCAAAGACGGAUUUAGAACCCAGGUCGUCUGACCUCAAACCUUCUUGCUGAGGAGCAGCACUCAUAUGGUUACAGUAGAGCUGAUCCUGUCAGACGAGGAUCAUAACUCACCUCUAUGGACCGCUUAUUCUGUGCCAGUCACAAUGCCGAACUCUUUAUCUCAUUUAAUCCUCAAAAUAACCCUAUGGGGGGUGCUGCUAUUAUCCUCACUUUGCAUUUGGGGAACCCGAGGUUAUAAGUAAUCUGUCUAGGUUCACAAAGGCACUGGUGGCUGAAUUGGAAUGAUUUGAAAUUCAAAGCUAACCUGUUGGACUCCAGAGUCUGCACCUUGAAACAUGCUGGAAAAUACACAUUCUGUGCAUGUCCACAGUGUGCCAGGCUCUGUGCUGCAUGCUGUGUACACACCAUCUCAUUUAACUCCACAGAACCCUGUGCAGGAGACAUCAUUAUUAUUUCCUCUAUUUUACAGAUGAGACACGAAGUCGCAGGGCACCUGAAGCUCAGGGAGGUUUAGUGACUAGUCCGAGGUUGCACAAGUUUGGCAGAGCUGGAAUCUAACCCAGUCCCUCAGGUUCUGGACUCAGAACUCCUAAGGGACAUGUUUGCCCAAACCAGGGUCUCUGGGAGUGAAGGACAAACGACUUUUCUCUUUGGGUAAAUAUUCAGUAGCAGGAUAGCUGGAUUGUACGGUAUUUCUAUUUUUAAUUUUUUGAGGAAUCUCCAUACUGUUUUCCACAGUGGCUGCACAAGUUUGCA